AUGAGCGCCGACGAGGGUGAAGAUCCCCAAUUUAUGGCUCCCGUAAAUGGCGAGUCCCACCCGGAGAUGGGUGGUGCGACCGCGACUCCUCCCGGCAAAAGAAAGCGUUCGACUCAGGAUGAUACUCCGGCUGUCGAAUCUGCCCCAUCCACAUCGCGUGAGAGUACAAACCUACAUGAGUCUCUUCAGAGCCUCCUUGGUCUUUUAUUGAAUCAUGACUCUGAACUUCAGCUUCUGUCCUGUCCCUUUCCCACAUCGGCGGCCAAGCCCCGAGCGAAACGCGCCAAAACUUCAGGUGACCAAGAGACCUCGAAUGUCCGAUCACGGGUCGAGGCGAACCGCUACAACACCAUGCAGGAAUUCCUGAGUGACAUUGACCGAGCCUCCUCGGCGGUCAUUGAACGCAAUCAGAAUCAGACAAAUGGUGCAAGCGUUGAAGGCGCAGCUUUACCCGAGAUGGUCAACCGCAUUGCGGCAUUCAAAAAGCACAUGAACAGCCUGAUUGGACAAUCUUUCAUCAGUCAGUCAGAUGUCAAAACCGAAUCCCUAGACGACGAGGACGAACAACUCUUAUCAACCGUAUCAACUGUCGGUCGUGAGGACAAACAGGUCCUGACUAUGUACUGCGGGAAUCAAUCUCAUUCUAAACAAGUCUGGUCCAGUCUACCAAAAUCCGUCAAGGUCCCAUUGCAGUCUGCUGAGACUGGCGCCGAAAAAGUUGUCGAGUUGCAGGAGCCACUUCGUGACGGCGGACUACCCAAUGGCAUCACGCUCUGCUCCGCUAUUCCUUUGAACUUGGACUCAACGAAGGUGCCGAAGAGAACAUUUGGUGAAGUGUUCGCACCGCGUUCAGGUUUGCCUGCCGUUGAACCUCGGAAGCGCUCUCGCACCACCUCAUUAUCCUGGAUUGAUCCAUUUGAUCUUGUCAUGGAUAUCAAGAACUUCUCUGGUGAACGUAAUAACUACAGUCUUACCCCAUUUCCAUCUGGGCAAUGGUUGCAAUACGGCGGGGUCACAUCGUCACCAUCAUAUUGGGCUCGUGUUGAAAAGCACAAUGAAGAUGCAAAAAUCGGGUCAACAUAUGGACAUCCUGCAGCAUCAUGGGUCGGCGAUGACACCUCCACUUUUCAGGGCGUUCACUCAUCAUUUGCUCCAUGCUUCGAUAGCUCCAAUUCUGUUCUACAGGCAGACGCGAAGAACAUGGUCUGGUGGGGUCAGCGAGGUGCAAAGCGCUUCCACGCCAUGUUCACACCUUCACAACCAGAAGACGCCGCCUCGGAAGUGGAUCUUGAUUUCAUUGACAACAUCGACACAAGUACCCUUGAGGAAAUGGUUGAUUCGAUGAAGCCGAAGGACUAUUCCGAAUACCUGGCUCAAUAUGAGCAAGCGCCCAAAGGAGACAAAGAGUCUCAAAGCACAGAGGAGUCCCUUGCGGAGAUUAACAAUUUGAUUGAGACUCUCGCCUCAUAUCAAAAUAUCCGCCGAAAUAUCAUUCCGUCUAGCAGCGACAAUGCUGAAUCAAAAGAAACACCUGCAUCCGAUGCUGAGGAUCCAGACACUCCCUCCGAUGCCGAGAGAGCUGUAUACGAGAGUCUGACAUCAAAGCUUGUAUCACUCAUCAGCAGUGUGCCUCCGUACGUUGUGGCGAAGGUCAACGGCGAUCAAUUAGCAGAAUUGAAUGUCAAGCGAACGAUCAUCACUGAAAGUCCCGACUGGAAGGGCACAAUGGAAAAGGAUGACUACACCCUGAACCAAGAGCGGGUAGCAGCCAUCGCUGCACAGGCUAAUGCCGCUAACCGUGCUUCGACACCAUCUACCGCGCGACCAGCAAACUUCCAAGCACCUCACUCUGCCUAUAACCAACGCGCAUUCAAUGCAAACGCUCGUCUGCCACAAACACAAGGUGGAUUCCAAGUGCCUCAGCAAAACCGACAACCCUCAGCUGCAGGCCCAUAUACUCCCGGCUAUGCUGGAGCUGGAGCUGGAGCCCGAGCCCCAAGCACCCCUUCUCAACGUCCCGGCUAUAACGCACAGCAGUAUGCGCAAACAAACCCGCAAUACAGCCAAGCCAACAAUGUGCCUCAGUUCCAGCGUCCUGCUCCUAAUGGUUACACACCCCAGCCCUAUACACCGCGACCUGGACAACCCGCCUCCUACAACACUCCUCAAGGGCGAACUCCCAACCCUGCAGUUGCCUCCGCUCCGGCUCAACGUUAUCAGCAAUAUGCAGCUCAAACCCCAUCACAGGGAUACUCGAACACCGCUGCUGCCGCGGCGUAUGCUCGCAGUGCCGCUGAGCAAGUAGCUCUGAACAAAGCACAGCUAGCAGCUCACCAAGCACGGCAAAGCCCUUCCACACCUCAACCACAAUUUGAGGCUCGUCACUCCCAAGAAGGUAGUCUCACACCAGGAAGCAAGCCAAAUGGUACUCCCAUUCAGUCAUAA